CGGCGUCGACGGUGUUCGUGGUGCGCGUGACGCGCGGCCUGCGCGGCUACAACAGCCGCCUGUUCGGCCGCUGGAGCCGCUGGUCCGACUGCUCAGACUCGUGCACCACGCACCGCACCAGGUGGUGCAAAAGGCCUCCUAUGUGUGGUGCCGAUAUUGUCCGGGAGGAGGCCUACUGCUACAUGGAGAACAGUAGCUGCCAGCGCUGGAUCCAGAGGCAUAUCUGGAGGCAGGUGCCCGAUGCAGAAUCUUCACAAGAGUCCGAAGAAAAUGCUCUUGAUGAUGGAAACUCCCUGGAAGCAGAAUCUGAUGACAUCUGGCAGUGUGGAGUGCCUGCAGGGAACAAAGGCAGCCCAGCCUGGUCACUCACGAGGAUUGUCGGAGGAAGGCCUGCGAGCAAAGGCAGGUGGCCGUGGCAAGUCGCUAUACUCAACAGGUACAAGGAAGUGUUCUGUGGAGGAACAUUGGUCGCUCCCCGCUGGGUGCUCACAGCGGCUCACUGCCUGAGGCGCCGCAUGUACGUGCGUCUGGGUGAACACGACAUAUCGCAGCAUGAAGGCACAGAAAUUGAAUUGAAGGUGGAGGCAGCAAUCUCACACCCAUCCUACGAUGAUGAAACAGUGGACAGUGACCUCGCACUGCUCCGAUUGCCCUUUGCUAUAAGGCCCAGUCGCUACCAAGGGUUAGCCUGUCUUCCUGAACAGGGGCAAAUCCUUCCUGCUGUUGGCUCAAAGUGUACAGUGAUUGGCUGGGGGAAAGCCCAGGCUCAUGAUCCAUUUGGAACAGAUCUGCUGCAUGAGGUCCAGGUUCCUAUAGCUCGCUUGGAGUUAUGUCGUCGAGUAUAUCGUGAAUAUCGGAUUACAGACAACAUGUUUUGUGCUGGUUACCUCAACGGCCGACGUGAUAGCUGUGCUGGAGAUUCAGGAGGUCCCCUUCUGUGUCGCUCUCGAGGGAGAUGGACAAUAUUUGGAAUAACAAGUUUUGGUGAAGGUUGUGGCAAGAAACGACGUUUUGGUAUUUAUACACGCCUCUCCAAUUAUGUGGAGUGGAUACGCGAUGUCAUUGGCAAUGGACAUUAGUCUGAUAGUGCCCACAGAGACCUUUGUUCUGUGUCUUAAUACUGCAUUGCCUCUCUUAUUGCUAUGAGCACUUGUGCCAGUAAACUGAGCUGAAGCAGACACUUCUGAAUAAGAAGAAAAUUGAAUCCAUCAAAUAUUUUUAUUAGUGGCUGUAUCAGCCAUGAUAAUCAUCUCACGAAACAAAAAAAAAGCAUUAUUUGCUUAAUGUAGACAUGUUGGUAUGGUCCUCAUGUAGACUGAAAGUGAAAAGUUUUCCCAUUUCCAAAAUGUUAAUGUAGUGUUAAGGUGGAAGUUGAUAUGUCUUCCCCCUCAUCAGUAUCAGUGAUAAGAUGAUUUGUAAAGUUUUCUGUAAUAUAUUUAUUGUUUUUAUCCUUAUGAUGGUCCUGAAGUGUUUCUAGUGUUGUGCCAUAUUCUCAUCUCAGGAAAGAUAUUUAUUUUGUGUACAUUUCUGUGAUUUCCCUCUAAUUACUGUUAAUAAUCUGCAUUUGCUUUCUAAACAACAUAAGUGAAAUCUGAUUUUUGUCAUUGUUAAAAUGCAGUAGAUGAGUGUGUACAAAGCAAUGCACUUACAGUAUUGUGAAAAAAGCAAAAAUAUGUAAUGAAUACCUUUCAGAUGUAGUUUCCACAGACUGUAUGUCAGAGAUAGAAUCAGUAUAAAAAUUAUUAUUUAUUUGAGAGAAACAUUACUAAAAGUCAUUUCUUCAGUUAUCUUCGAGAGUAAAUAAUGCCUGUGAAAUUGUUAUGUUUUAGAUUGUUUGUAUUAUUAUUAUAACAAAUUCCACUCACUUUCCUCCAUUAGCAAAUUUGUAGUGGAUAAUGAUUUUCACAUUCACAGACUGCCUUGUAACAGAAUUUUCAACAAUAAUAGCCUCACCUAGAAACCA